AUGGAACUUAGUAGCAGAAAGACCCCUACAGAAGGCACAGGGAAGCAAAGCGCCAAACCAAUUAAAAAUGAAUUACCAGAAACCGAAAGCGUUUUACCAGAAAGAGCAGAAUGGAGUAAUCAAAUGGAAUUUCUUAUGUCCUGUAUCGCAACUUCGGUUGGUCUGGGUAAUGUUUGGAGAUUUCCAUUCAUCGCCUAUCAGAAUGGAGGCGGUGCUUUUCUCAUUCCUUACAUCAUUGUACUGAUCGUCAUCGGCAAACCAAUGUACUAUCUCGAGUGUGUACUAGGGCAAUUUAGUUCAAGAAAUUCAAUUAAAGUGUGGUCGAUGGUUCCUGCUAUGAAAGGAAUCGGUUACGCUACCGUUUUGGCUUGCUGUUUCAUAUUGUCAUACUACGUAGUGAUAGUAGCCUUAUGUCUUUACUACCUAGCGAUGAGUUUUCAGGCAACACUGCCAUGGGGGGUAUGCGCACCAGAAUGGACCAACUGCGUAGCCUCAGAUCCCAGCCAACAAGUUGGGGAAGUCCUACCAAACGCCAGUAGCAGUGCGGAACUGUACUUUAUCAAAACGGUACUUCAACGAAGUGAUGGCAUUGAAGGUGGUCUUGGUUCCCCAAUAUGGUAUUUGACCUUAUGCCUGUUGGCUUCGUAUAUCGUAGUCUUCAUUAUCGUUGCACGAGGAGUGAAAAGUUCGGGUAAAGCGGCUUACUUCUUGGCAAUUUUCCCUUACGUAGUGAUGAUAAUACUAUUAAUUACAACGGUAAUUCUGCCAGGCGCAGGCACUGGCAUCCUUUUUUUUUUGACUCCACAGUGGGACAAGCUCUUGGAACUUAAUGUGUGGUAUGCGGCUGUCACUCAAGUGUUCUUCUCACUAUCUGUAGCCACAGGAGCUCUCGUUAUGUUUUCCUCAUAUAAUGGAUUCCGGUCUAAUGUUUACAGAGAUGCUAUGAUCGUGACAACAUUGGAUACCUUUACUAGCUUGCUGUCUGGCAUAACAGUCUUCGGAAUUUUGGGUAGUUUGGCGAAAGAGCUCAACACGGAAGUUGAUGAGGUACUUGGCUCUGGCGGAACUGGACUUGCAUUCAUAUCUUAUCCUGACGCUAUUUCCAAGACGUUUUUGCCUCAGCUAUUCUCUGUCCUGUUCUUCUCGAUGAUGACUGUCCUUGGCGUCGGUUCAGCAGUGGCUCUCUUGUCCACCGUCAACACAGUAUUUUUGGAUACUUUCCCUCGCGUAAAAACCGUGUACAUGUCUGCCCUAACCUGCAGUGGAGGAUUCCUUCUCGGCCUGACCUAUGUUACACCAGGUGGCCAGUUUAUUUUGGAGUUGGUUGAUUACUAUGGAGGCACAUUUCUUAUUCUCUUCUGUGCUAUAAUGGAAAUCAUUACAGUGUUUUGGAUAUACGGCUUGGAAAACUUAUGCGUAGAUAUAGAGUUUAUGCUAGGCAUCAAGACAUCUAUAUUCUGGAGAUUCUGCUGGGGAUUAGUCUGUCCAAUAUUGAUGGCAAUUGUUUUCGUCUUUGCGCUGAUUACAGUUGAAAACUUGGUGUUUGGCGGCUUUUAUACGUAUCCAAUAGCAGCAUACGCGGCCGGAUACACGAUGGUUGCAAUCGGAAUUUUAUUCGUCCCUAUCAGCAUUUGUGCGGCGCUUCACAAAUUCAGAACUGGAAAUUUUAUUACUACUUUUAAAAAGUCCUUCAAGCCCAAACCAUCAUGGGGACCUAGAUCCCCUAUGGAGAAAAAGGAUUGGUUAUUGUUCAAAACUCAAGCCAAAGUGGAGAGGCAGAAAAAGGGGGUUAACAAUCAACUUUGCCAUAUAUGGUAUAGUUUAAGCGGUAGUUAUAGAAGAAAAUUAUAA